AUGGCGGAUUAUGGAAGGGGCCUGCAUCCAACAGUGGAGAGAUACAGGCUACUGAUGAUGGCUUGUAUCGUGGGUGUCGCACGGGGAACUAGGAUCAUCAGAAUCGAAAAACAAAAGCCAUCGAUAGAAAGGAAUUUCGUAUCGUCUGACAAGCACACGGACGUGCAACAAAACAAGACUAAUCUGAUCAACAUAUUGUUAUAUUCUAACGCUAAUCUGUUCAAGUCGAAGGACGCGCUCGGUUUUGAGUGCGAAUUCUGCCUGAAGAGAUUCCCGGAAGCCGGCGCCCUUAAAACACAUUUCACCAACGAAUACAGAAAGGUGAAACUGUCGAAGACAAUGCUGAACAACAUAUUCCAUCGCGUCGUCAAGGUAGACGCGACGAACUUGAGAUGCACCAUUUGCGACUCAAGCAUAGAUAAAUUACAUGACAUGAUAUGCCACUUGAAGGAUUUACACAGGAAAUCAGUGUUUCCUGACGUCAAAAAUCUCAUAUUACCGUUCAAGUUUGACACGGUGGAACUCCGAUGCGCGAUCUGCGGACUGGAGUUCGCCGCCUUCAAGAGACUCCAAGAGCACAUGCACUCGCAUUACCCGAACUACAAGUGCGAAACCUGCGGCGCCGGCUUCCUGACGGAGCAGCUGAAGGCUAGUCACGUGCGGCGUCACGGGUCCGGCCAGCACAAGUGCGAUUACUGCGAGAAAACGUUCAACAACUCGCAGUACAAGAAGAUCCACGUCGGGAGAUCGCACUUGGGGCACACAACUCCGUUCAAAUGUACGGUGUGCAACGAGAGAUUCGCCCAACUAUGGAAGAAGAACAGUCACAUGGUGACAGCGCACGGCGGAGAGCCGGUCGUCAUAAAAUGCCAGGCCUGCGAUAGAACUUUCCAGAGUAAACAGCACUUGUCCGUUCACACGAAGCGGGAUCAUCUGUUGGAGCGUCGUUAUGAGUGCACGGAAUGCGAUAAGAGGUUCUUUAUGAAAAGCGGUCUCUCCCGGCACAUGGCUAAGCACGGAACGUUAAAGCAAUACAAAUGUGACGUUUGUCUGAAAGCGUUCGCCAGGAAACACACGCUGAGAGAACACAUUAGGAUACACAUGAAUGACAGGAGGUUUGCGUGCGUCCACUGCGGGCAGGCCUUCGUGCAGAAGUGCAGUUGGAAGAGUCACAUGCGUUCGAAACACGGAGAAAUCGUUUGA